CGGAGUUUUAUCGCAUGUACUGGAAAUUUGUGGAAUUUUUAACCCAAUUAUUGAACGUUGAGCAAACACCGACUUCAAUUCCAAAGUAUUAGAACUAAUUGCAAUUAAAGCGCUGCUAGCACAAUUUGGAAACCAUGGUAAUUGAAUCGAUUAAAUCAAUACGAUUUAAUGUCUGUGUUCUAUUUCCAUAUGUCAUACACGUUAAAUGUGAUUCACAAAUUAAUAAAGAAUGCCUUUAAUCAUAAAAAACUUUACGUGGAAACAAUCUGAAAAUUUGAUUACCUUGUAUGUCCCCAUGAAGGGUGUUAUUGCUUCAAAAGCGGACAUAUUUACAUCUCCUUGGUAUAUAAAAGUAUCGUUUGCAAAACAUUUCUUCGAAUUAUUUCUGUUACACGAAAUUGAUGUAAAAUCAAGCGUUUGCACUAUAACUAAAGACGAAGUAGUUUUUCAGUUGCAGAAAUCGACCAAUGGCCUUUGGGAUACUGUCGAAAGAGAUCUUCCUAAACAUGAAAAAAAUGAAUUAAAAAAAAAUAUAAUAACCGAAACGCACCAACAGUUUCAGAAACAAGUUGAAGAGAAAGAAAAUAAAAAACACGAACUGAAAAGGAUCGCUGUCAGGGAACAAAUAUCAUUAGAUACGAAACAGAGGGAGUUCAUAGAAAAAAUUAGAAACCACGAAAAAAAUAAAGAAUUGGGGGAUGUUGAAAAAUGGCGAAGUGGAGUACUAAUAACUGAGAUAUCAACAAGUAGUGAAGAAGAAGAAGAAGAAGAAGAAAAUGAAGAAAGAAAAGGAACAGCACGUGACUGUUCGUACCAAAACAAGUGUUUUCUUAAACCAUCAAUGAUUAUUCGAAAAAAGCCAGCUGAAACAAAUAACACAGAAAUAUCGUCAGUUCCUCUCCCUCGAAAACAGUCGACAUUGUCGGUGACUUUCACCAGAAGAGAAUUUCCAACACCCAGUAGAGAAUCAAAAUUAGAGGAGGAAAACGAAUGGUUAAGAAAACAGGUGGAGGUUCGUCGAACGGUUGGAUUCUUUAGUGACGAUUUACGACCAGAAGAACGGAACCCGUCGUAUUUAAAAUUCAAGGGCGAUCAAUUUAUGAAAGCGAAAAAUUAUUUGGCAGCUAUAAGCGCUUAUACUUUCGGCAUUAAAUUAAGUGAAAAUUUUGUCGAUUUAUACAUUGGAAGGUCCGAAGCUCAUUUUUUAUUAGAGCAUUAUCAAAAAUGCGUCCGUGAUUGUUCGGAUGCUUUAAAUUUGUUAAAACCUCCAGUAGCUUCAAAUUUUGCACAAAGAAUAACUUGCAUAGUGCGUCGAGGCGACUCCCUAUGUAAAAUAGGAAUGCAUAGGGAAGGGAUAGGAGAACUGCAAGCAGCUUUAGACAUGCAAUCUGAUAACGAGGAAAUUAGGAUGAAAAUCGAAAAAGCUAUGUUGCAAUUUAAGGAUGAGAUGAAGAAAGAAAACAACACCGAUAAAAAAUGCACAAAUAAUACUGAGUGUAUCUUAAAACAGAAUGAGGAUAAUAGUAGUGUAGAACAAUUGGAAGAAUUAUUUAUGGCAAAAUCGGAAAUCGCAGAUUAGUUCGUAGCAAAAAUUGUUUAUUGUAACUUAAGCUCUUCUCAGUUUGAAGGUAAGACGUUUAAUAAUAAAUUUAUUUUCAUUAAUUUAA